UGGACUGGAGGGGCGAGAGGAGGAUAAACUGAGCGGACAAAGAUGUAAAUAAAAACAGUCGUCCCCCAGCUGAGCGAGGCGGUUUUUUUUUCUCGUCUGAGUUUUUUGGAUCAAUCAGGCAGACAGUGGCUUCUUUUGAUUAAACCCCAAAUUGUCAUUGGGCAGAGGUAAUCAUGUGACAGGCAAUUCGGUCCAAUUUCAACCUUGUCUCCAUGAAUUCAAUAGUUUAAUAGUAGCUCGGUCCCCAUACGGCCGUAAUCAGUGAUAUAGAAAAAACACCAUCACGAGAUUUUUUUUAAAUGAUUUUUUCUUUCUCGUCCUCACUGAGCCGCAACAUUUAUAAAAAUACGCGUGCAAACUUUCCUCGGCUCUCAGGGAGCGGAGAUGAAUUACGAAUUCGAGCGAGAGAGCGGUUUUAUCAAUAGUCAGCCGUCGCUUGCUGAGUGCCUGACAUCUUUCCCCCCUGUCGCUGAUUCAUUUCAAAGUUCAUCAAUCAAGAGCUCGACGCUUUCACGCCCGACACUGAUUCCUCCUCCCUUUGAGCAGACCAUUCCCAGCCUGAACCCGGGCAGCCAUCCGCGGCACGGCCGGCCCAGACACAGCCCCGACGGAUGCAGUCAGCUGCCCACCGCCUCCUUACCCCCGGAGUACCCCUGGAUGCGGGAGAAGAAAGCCUCCAAGAGGAACCACCUGCCGACCUCCACCGCCACCGCCAUCUCCAAUGGACCUGUGUGCUUUUCCCCAAAAGGCUCGCCUGAGAUUGUGGAGAGCGGCGGAGGGGGAGGAGGGGGCUCUCGUCGGCUGAGGACAGCGUACACCAACACACAGCUGCUAGAGCUAGAGAAGGAGUUCCACUUCAACAAGUAUCUGUGCCGGCCGAGGCGGGUGGAAAUAGCGGCUCUGCUGGACCUGACCGAGAGGCAGGUCAAAGUCUGGUUCCAGAACCGGCGCAUGAAGCACAAGCGGCAGACGCAGAGCAAGGAGAACCACAACGGGGAGGGGAAAGGGCCGGGGGCCGAGGACGGCAUCCAGAGCGACGAGGAGGACGAGGCCCCCCCGUACGAGCGGAGCGGGGCCCUGCUGGAGAGAGAUACCUGCUCCUUUCAGAACAACUCUCUCGGCUCCACGCAGCAGCUCCACAAUGGAGAGUCCAUGAGCUUUGCUGCUGCGCCGCUGAACAGCAAUGACAAAAAUCUGAAACAUUUUCCCAACCCGUCACCCACUGUUCCGGGCUGCAUGUCAACAAUGGGCCCCGGCUCGGCAUCUGGCCCGGACAAUGGCGACAGUCCCCCGGCCCUGGAUGUUUCUAUACACGAUUUUCAACCUUUCUCUUCGGAUUCCUGCCUACAGCUCUCCGACGCGGCCUCGCCGAGCUUGUCAGAGUCUCUGGACAGCCCCGUGGACAUUUCUACGGACAGUUUCUAUUUUUUCUCGGAGUCCCUAACUACAAUCGACCUGCAGCAUCUGAACUACUAACUGAAAUCAAUCACAAUAACUUUUUUUUUUCCCCCUUCCGGGACAAUAAAUAUCAGGCUACGAUGGUAUUAACUCUGAUGUUAUUUGUAUAUUCGGCACAUUUAUUCUGUUGAUAUUUGACUUGACGAUUAAUUCAAGGUAAGGAUGAAAUUAAAUCACUGAAGUAGCUCUACUCAAACGUGGCUUGUAAUUACCAUAACAAAUUGAUCUCUUGGAAUGGAAAUUAUGAGUGUAUGUGAAUAAUUAUACAAUAUUAGGCCUAUGGAACCUGCUCAUUUUUAUUUUUGUAUAGCUGCCAACGUCUUGGAUAUUUUUGUUAGAAUACAAUUAACUUGCUACAAUCUUUU